UUAAUUUUUAGACCUAAAAUGUCGGACUUUACUUACGAUAUAAAAUGCGAAAAUGAGGUUGUGGAUAGUUCUUCUGCAAGUUCUCCCCAACGGUCUUUAAAGAUGUUUAAAGAGGGAAUACUUACUGAUUGUGUUGUUGAGAUUGAAAACGAAUCAAUAAGCACACAUAAAUUUAUUUUGGCAAACAGCAGUGUUGUAUUUCAAAGAAUGUUUGAACAAAUGGGAAUGACUGAAGCACUAAAUGUAAUUUUAACUAUACACAGCAGAUCAGACUAA